AGAGGAGCGGAGGGGGCGUGCAGCCGAGUGCGUGUCUCGCCUGCCUACUGGGCUUAUAGUGUGCUGCGACUCUAGCAGCGGCAGCUACGAAGGGAGCCCGGGGAGAGUGGAGGCCCACAGAGCACAGGAGCAUCCCGGCGUCCUAGUCCCAGCGGCGUGGCCCGCGGGUCAUGGCCAAAGGAGAGGGCGCCGAGAGCGGCUCCGCGGCAGGGCUGCUGCCCACCGGCAUCCUCCAAGCGGGUGAACGUCCAGCCCAGGUGAAGAAAGAACCAAAGAAGAAACAACAGUUGACCAUUUGCAACAAGCUUUGCUAUGCAGUUGGAGGGGCCCCCUACCAGGUGACAGGUUGUGCCCUGGGUUUCUUCCUUCAGAUCUACCUGUUGGACGUGGCUCAGGUGGACCCUUUCCCUGCCUCCAUCAUCCUAUUUGUGGGCCGAGCCUGGGAUGCUUUCACAGACCCUCUGGUGGGCUUCUGCAUUAGCAAAUCCUCCUGGACCCCCCUGGGCCGACUCAUGCCCUGGAUCAUCUUCUCCACGCCCCUGGCCAUCAUCGCAUACUUCCUCAUUUGGUUCGUGCCUGACUUCCCGCAGGUCCAGCCCCUUUGGUACCUGCUUUUCUAUUGCCUCUUUGAGACGCUGGUCACGUGUUUCCACGUUCCCUACUCAGCCCUCACCAUGUUCAUCAGCACAGAGCAGAGUGAGCGGGAUUCUGCCACAGCCUACCGGAUGACCGUGGAGGUGCUGGGCACAGUGCUGGGCACAGCGAUCCAGGGGCAAAUCGUGGGCCAAGCAGAUACACCUUGUCUUCAGGGCCCCAACAGCUCUGCAGUGGCUUUGGGAAGUGCCAAUCGCACACACAGCACCACCUCACUCAGAGACACGCAAAAUGCAUACUUGCUGGCAGCAGGAGUCAUCGCCUCCAUCUACGUCAUCUGUGCUGUCAUCCUGACCCUGGGCGUGCGGGAGCAGAGAGAACCCUAUGAGACGCAGCAGGCUGAGCAGAUGUCUUUCUUCCGGGGCCUCCGCCUGGUCAUGGGCCAUGGCCCAUACAUCAAGCUUAUUGCUGGCUUCCUCUUCACCUCGUUGGCCUUCAUGCUGGUGGAAGGGAAUUUCGCCUUGUUUUGCACCUACACCUUGGGCUUCCGCAAUGAAUUCCAGAAUCUACUCCUGGCCAUCAUGCUCUCGGCCACGUUCACUAUUCCCAUCUGGCAGUGGUUUCUAACCCGGUUUGGCAAGAAGACAGCUGUAUACAUUGGGAUCUCAUCAGCAGUGCCAUUUCUCAUCUUGGUGGCCCUCAUGGAGAGUAAUCUCAUCAUCACAUACGUGGUAGCUGUGGCAGCUGGCAUCAGCGUGGCAGCUGCCUUCUUAUUACCCUGGUCCAUGCUGCCUGACGUCAUUGAUGACUUCCACCUGAAGCAGCCCCACUCCCAUGGAACGGAGCCCAUUUUCUUUUCCUUCUAUGUCUUCUUCACCAAGUUCGCCUCUGGAAUCUCAUUAGGCAUCUCCACCCUCAGUCUCGACUUUGCUGGGUACCAGACCCGCGGGUGCUCCCAGCCGGCAGGCGUCAGGUUUACGCUGAAGAUGCUGGUGACCAUGGCGCCCAUAGUCCUCAUCCUGCUGGGCCUGCUGCUCUUCAAGCUGUACCCUAUUGAUGAGGAGAAGCGGCGGCAGAACAAGAAGGCCCUGCAGGCUCUGAGGGAUGAAGCCAGCAGCUCGGGCUGCUCUGACACAGACUCCACAGAGCUGGCCAGCAUCCUCUAGGGCUUGCUGUGUUGCUGAAGCCACCAUGCACAGGUCCUAUGUCACCAGACUACGAGAGGGAUCACGACCUAUUUUCCUGCUCGCUGAGCAGCUGGUCUGCAGGUGCCAGGAAGGGAACCAAAGACUAAGAGUAAGCGAGCCCAGGCCAUCCGCUGUGCCCACUGUGGGACCGCCACUUGACGGCUUCCUGCCUCCCCUCUUCCUGCCUGUGGGGCCGAGCCCUGGGGCUGUGACUGUGAAUAUGCCAAGGACUGAUCGGGCUUAGCCCGGAACACUAAUGUAGAAACGUUUUAUACAGAGUCUAAUUAAUAACUUAAUGACUGUAUAUAGCGAUGUGUGUGGAUGUAUAUGUCUGUGAGCUAUUAAUGUUAUUAAUUUUCAUAAAAGCCAGAAAACGGA